GGUUGGUCGGCGGCGGCGGCGCGGCGGCGGGGGGGAGGAGGGGGCCGCCCCGCGCUUGUUGUUGUCCGCGGGACUCGCUGGCAGGGAGGGAGGGAAGCGAGGAAGGAGUCGCGCACCGACCCUCAACGCCAUCAGCCGCCCCCGCCCCCGUCCCCGUCUCCCCUCAACGCCAACGCCGCCGCCCCCGCCCCGGGCGCGCGCGCGCGCUCCCGCCGGCACGCAGUUGCAAUUUCUGAGCAGUUUUGUCCAGAAGACUGUGCUCAGGUUAUGACGACUAAUCCCAAACCGAACAAGGCAUUAAAGGUAAAGGAGGAGUCGGGAGAGAAUGCCCCAGUGCUGAGUGAUGAUGAACUCGUGUCAAUGUCUGUACGGGAGCUGAACCAGCACCUGAGGGGGCUCACCAAAGAGGAGGUCAUCCGUCUGAAGCAGCGAAGGCGCACACUGAAGAACCGAGGCUACGCUGCCAGCUGCCGCAUCAAGCGCGUGACUCAGAAAGAGGAGCUAGAGAGGCAGCGGGUUGAGCUGCAGCAAGAGGUGGAGAAGCUGGCCAGAGAAAACAGCAGCAUGAAGCUAGAGCUGGACGCCUUGCGCUCCAAGUACGAAGCACUCCAGACCUUUGCUCGUACUGUGGCGCGAGGGCCUAUUACCCCAACCAAAGUUGCCACCACCAGUGUCAUCACCAUCGUGAAAUCAGCCGAAAUCUCAUCCAGUUCUGUGCCGUUCUCAGCAGCGUCCUAGUGCCCUCGGUUGGGGGGGAACUAGCAGCCUUUCAGAGGGGAGUGGAAAAGGCUCUUAUGCAUUGUUCCGGAGUCCUUGGUCACGUCAAGAAUUGGCAUUUUAACAAUUCUCUUCCAAAAGUGCAAAAAAUAGUUUAAAGAAAAAGAGAAGAAGAAAAACAAACCCAAAACCUGCAAAGGGAACUUAACUGGCUGCUUCUGUCUGGACUGUGUGGCUCCAUCAACCUCUCGUGUCCAGGAUUUGAGCUCUGUAUGCAGUACAAAUUGCAAGAUCUGCUUCCUUCUUCACCCUGCUUCCCCAAGCUCCUCUCAGCCACGGGCGAUUUUCCACCUGGGAGAAGAUAACCUGAGGAGCCUCCGGAAUCUUUGUGAAUGAUGCUCAAGAGCCAGGAAACAGAUGGACCGUAGAAAUCAUCAUGUGAGAUGAAUAUAUGGAAAAAAGUUUCCUUUAGUGGCAUCCUGCUCCCUGUAAGAAGGGUCUCCCCUACCUUCCCCGCUCCCUUCUGAUAUUCUGAGGGCAGGCAUAGAUUAGAUUUCAUCCUGCUGUGAGUGGAUGGGGGCGGGAGGACGAUGGAGACUAAUGCUUGGGUCUGACCACACUCAUUAGGAAUAACUUCUCUGUUUUUCAAUCCAUGCUGUUAAAAUAUGGGAAAAUACAUUAUAUUUUACAUAUUUUAAUAUGCCCCCCCAUUACCUUUGUGGCCUGUAAAAUCUACAUUUGCAGCCUCCUUUAUUCCAAGCCCAGGUUUCCUGAUAGCUCCUUCCCUAAGUAAGGUGUGCCUGUGAAUUGGGUAUAUUUAUGCAGUUUAUUUCUUCCAAAUGAUCUGCAGUCUUGAAAUACCAGCUUGGUUGGUUGGUUGGUUUGGGUUGGUUUUUUUUCUCCCCUGGAUUCCCUGAAGCUGAUUAAGGGAAGGAGGCAUGGUAAAUGCUGUGAAGAGCUGUGAGAUGGGAGAGGAGAAGGGGAGGCAAGGAGGAAAAAUGCUGCAAGUACCACCAGGUGGAGGCAGAACUGGCUGUGAGAAAGUAGAAUAGUCCUGCUGGGAUCAGCACUAUGAGAAAGGGGUUUAUGCAGAGUAUCUCAGAAAGAUGUUUUUAAAGCACUGAGGUGUAACUAGAGGGCAAUAGCAUUCAGAUGGGAGGAGACAGAGAGCCUCUUCUUGACGAAAGUGUUGGUAGGUUGGUGAUGAGCGUCGCAGCUGGACAGCUGAGCUCACCAGACUUUGGUGAUCAGAGAAGGGCUAUGGGGAGGUGUGAAAGAGUCUUUUUCAUCUCCAUAGAAUGACAGGUGCUAAAGUUGGGAUCCAAAGAGUAGAGUGAACAGACAACCUGUGUGAAUGUGACCCUGAAACUUGAUACUUCCUCUUUGGAAUGGGUGAAUUCUCCUGAGAGACACGUGGAGAGCAGGAUGGAAAAUCUCUGUGUGUGUGCAUGUAGAGGAGAGAAGAAUUGGGAUUGAGAAGUCGUUUGUAAGGCUCUGAGCAAUGGUUUGGGAGAGGGAUUUCUGGUUUGGCAGUGGGCAGGAGGUGGGAAGCUGAAAGGAGAGAUUCUGCUGUUGGCAGCAGCACCGAAAAGAUGAAUGUUUCCAGGUCACUGUAAAACAAAAGCAAACAAACAAAAAAAGAAGCUAUGUUGGUGUUUGUGUGUUUUGUUGUUGGUUUUGGGUUUGUUUGGUUGUUUUUUUUUUUUAUGGAUUUCUUUUUUCUUUUUGGAAGUAGGAAAGAAAAAGGACUGUGAGUUUUGCAGGGCAGGGCAGAGAACUUGUGGAAUGGACGAUGCCUGUUGUCAUGCAGGUGAGAAGAGAAUGAGAUAGCUGAAACUUUGAGGUGAGGAAAAGGUCUCAGAAGAUUUAGGCUCCAGAACAGAAAAUAAAGAUCACAGGAGAAUCCAUGAGUGUUUUGGGCUGAAAGAGAAUAAGCAAGUGCCUGCGUUGUUGUGAAGGGGACAGUGAAUUGGCAUCUGACACCUAGUAUAAUCUGUAGUUCGAGGCUUUGUCUUGCCUUGCAUGGCAGUAAGCUUGUUGAAAUUUAGUGAAGCCCUACUUGUCUUUGGAAGAAAUUGUUAGCUUGCUUUGUCUUUCUUUUUUUUCACCUUGUCAUUGGAGUCUCUGGAUUUCCCAGGAGAGUCCUUUGUGAAAUAGGUUAAUGAAAAGAGAAUCCUCAGACUUGGUUCUCAUUCAGUCCUCAACAUCGACAUCCGUGACCUUACUGAGCCAGAAAGGGUGCAAGUGAAAUGCUUCCUGAGGCUUGUUACCCCUUCCAGAUCCACGUGUUCUGGGAGGGGAGCGGGGAAUUUCCUAUGAGUGGUUUUCCAACACAAAGAGUUUGGAUGACACUUCAGCGUUACCUCAUUUCUCCUCCACUCCCUCCCUAUCUCCAAACAGGCAGAUCGAUGUCCUGUGUAUCAGUACCAGUUAUUGACUCCCACAGCAGAAGCUGAGGAAGAGAAAGAUGUUACUGUCAUUUCCUGGUCCUCUCAUGUUCUCCAGCUCACAGACGUUGGAAACUUUCCCAGACCUUACAGGUGCCUCCGAAAACAGGCAAAAUGGAGACUCCUGGCACUGUUGGGGCUUUAAAUUAAAACGUUAAUGAAAAAGGCCAGUUGACUUGAAAAUGCCCAAAUGCUUCCAGUCUUUAUAACAGCUCCAGAGCUCCAUAACAUUCCUGGCUAGAUAGAAACACCCUCUGGCUGCCUUUGACCCCCUGCCAGAGAAAUCAGACCAGUCGCACCGAGGCGGACGGAGGUCGAACUUUCUUCCGUGGGGUCUUUUUUUGCUGUUGGAACGAGUUGAGAAACAUAUCUUUACCUGGCACUUCCCUUGCAGCCAAAGUAUGUAUUUUUUUAGUUUUGUUGUGUCGUUUGGGGUUUGGUUUUGUUUUGUUUGUUUUGGUUUUUUUUCAGUUCUUGGAAAGGUGCCAAAGGCUUGUCCAAGUGAUUGCUAGUUUAGUGCUGGUAGGCACUUAAAAAUCCUCUGGUCAGUCGAUUAAAGAACAAGAGGCCUGGGUGUUGUUAAAGCUGUUGAUACCAUAGCCAUGGUAGGUAAUCCAUAUUGGAUAUCCAUAAGGACCACGUGGAAAUAUUUAAAAGAGAGAGAAAUAUAUAUAUAAAUAUAUAAUUCUAUACAUUUUAUCGUACAGAUUUUUUGGUAAAAAAAAAAAGAAAAAAAAAGAAGAGCUUUUUGGUUUGCUUUGGUUUCUUUUUUUUCUUUUUCUUUUUUUUCUUUUCUUUUUUUUUUUUUUUCCAAGUUUGAUACUGUAAAAUCUUUAUUACGAGAAAUUGCCAGUCCAGGGCUCCCUGGGUGGUGACGGGAGGGGGGAGGGAAAUGAAAUGUCCUGGCUAAACUUCCACAGAGCGAUCAGAAUUGCAAGGUAAUGUGGAGGGAGGAAUGACCUGGAAGCUGUUGACUGCAUUGGAGACCCAGCUCCUCCACCCUCCACCUUGGAGGGCCCUCCAGCUUGAGGUUGUCACAGUGCAUUCCUCUGGGGUUUGGUUUGUUUCUGGUUUGGGUUUGUUUUUUUUUGUUGUUGUUGUCGUUGUUUUGUUCUGUUUUGUUUUGGGUUUUUUUUUCUCUCUGUCCUGCACUUGCAUGCCUGACACCCAGGGUGAGCGCGGCAUGGGGAGCUGGCACCUGCCCACAGAGUUGCCUGGGCAGCUCCAGCAGUGCUGCCCUGCAGCCCCAACCUCUUGCUUGUCUCUUUGCUGCAGUAGUUCAGAUGCUGGGGCUCCCUUUUCUGUCCUCCUUAAUUUGUCUCCCAUCUCCUGCCCCGCUGAGGAGUGGGGGGCUCUGGAUUUGAGGGCUAGGAUGCUCUCCCCUGAGCUUGGCCUUUCUUUGGUUGCUCCCUAUCUGCAGUGUAAUGUGGGGAUCUCAAGCUGGGCAGGAGACAGGAGAAGACCAAAGCACUGAUGGUGUUGGGCUGGGAGAAGGAGUGACAUCUAUGUUCUUCCCAGACAUGUUUGCUGUGCUGUCUGUUGGGAGUGGGGAACCUUUCCCUUCGGGGCAGCUCCCUUGAAGUGCAUUGGUGUCUCUGCUUUUGCCCAUCUCUACCAUCUGCUGGAGGAGUAGACCACAGAGUGCAAGCUGGAUGACACUGCAGCUCAGGGGAUGGCCAGGGAGGGACACAAGGUGCUUAUGGGCGAGAGCUGGAGUGGAGGCAAGCUGUGGUGGGGCUGGGCACAAUGCCGUGGGAGCACAGAGUGGUCAGGCCACUGGACAGCUCAGACCCCGGGGAGGAGAAGGUGGCUUCUUCUUUUUUUUCCUCUCUCUCGAAUCAUUUAAACUUCAUUGUCAUGAUUGUUUUUAUUAAAAAAAAAAAAAGGGAAAAAAAAGGAAAAAAAAGAGAAAAAAAAAAAGGAAAAAAGGAACAAAAAAGAGAAACAAAAAACUUUUGUAAGUGGAUUUGUUUUCCUUCGUCUGUAUUUCAGUCUGCUGGGGUGUUUCUGUAGAUGGUGGAUACUUGCUUUCAUUUUCUUUUUUUAAUGAUAGAAGCCUUCUGUUUUAAGUUGGGAUUUUUUGUUUUGUUUGUUUUGUUUUUAUCACCAGCUCAUUCUAUCCUCUGUGGUUACUCAGUAAUUUCAUUUCAAUAUUUAUUUUUGUGCUGCUUUUUUAUUAUAAAAUAAAUUAUUGAUAUACCAAGCAAUGUGGAUUCCUGUUUGUAAGGCGAGUAGCCUUGUGUAUGUGUCCAUUACUUUCUCUUGACAGCCACAAAGUAAUUUAUUGCUGUAAAUUUAGCUGCAGUGACUGGUUUUUUUUUUUUUUGUACCUUUCCAAUAAAGCAUUUUCUGGUUUCAGA